CUGGAGUGCCCUCAACUCUCCUCGAGUGGUGGAGCUCUUUGGGGCGGUGAGGGAGGGACCCAACAUUGUGCUGUUUAUGGACUUAAAGCCUGCUUGUUUGGCUCAGCUCCUAAAGGACAUGAAGUCCUUUCCUGAGGAUUUGGCCUUGCACUACCUACUUCAAACGCUGGGGGCACUAGAACACUUACACAAUAGAAGCAUCAUUCACCUGGAUAUCAAAGUUGACAACGUGUUGCUGUCUGCAGACUGCAGAGACACAUUCCUCUGUGACUUUGGUCUCUCAGAGACGUUAGACAGCAGUGGACGCAGCAACAAGGCUUUCAGGGGUGUUGCGAUCCCCGGCACACAGACCCACAUGGCUCCAGAGGUGGCUCGAGGGGAUCAACUCUGUGCCAAAGCCGAUGUGUGGAGCAGCUGCUGCAUGCUGCUGCACAUGCUGAAUGGCUGUCAUCCUUGGAUACGUUACUAUUCACAUCCUCUAUGUCUUCAGAUUGUCAAUAAACCUCCACCUCUGUGGGAGGUGCCCUCCACCUGUAACAACUUCACAGCCCAAGUGUUUAGAGCUGGGCUCCAGAAGGAGCCUGAUAGACGAGCAUCGGCUAAAGAGCUGAGAAGGAAAACCAUGCAGGCCCUGAGAGCAGUUGGAGGACUGAGCCCCCUGUCAAUGACUGCUGCCUUUGAGACUCUUCAUCAGAGCAAAAAGACACAGACUGUAGACACGCCCUGCUCUUUAUCCUUUGGUCCCACUCCAAAUACAGCAACAGGAGCCAAGAUGCACUGGGUAAGCCCCUGGAGAACUACAGCAGUGGAGGAGGACAGCAAUGACAAGGAGGAAGACUUAGACCACAUUUCUGAAGUGGGGACAGAGUUGGACUCAAAGCCAAGGUCACUCCGAGACGACUACACUGCAGAUGAAAAGGACCGGGACACUGACUCUGAAUCAGACAUUGACAUGUACAUGGGAGAGGAGGAACUCAUGCAGGAGAGGUGGCUGAAAACCGAUAGGGAAUAUGAGGGGGACUGGGAAGAGGAGGGCCAAGAAGAGGAAGAGGAGGAAGAGGAAGAUUGGCACUCCUCUGGAUAUACAGAGUAUCUUCAUGCUCUUCGAGGUCUUUUUCCUUUACUUCGGAAGGGGCGACAGACAAACGACAGUCCAUGGAGAUCAGAGGCCGAGCUGGAAUACCUCAGAGAUGAUGUCCCCCAGGGCACCGUGUUCCAGACCCCCUCCCCUGAACCUCGAGAUGAUCCACCAUCUUGUUUCAGCUGCUCAGAUACUGCACAGAUAGAUGCCUCAGAGAAGGACUCUGAACAUUCGUCUGACGACCUCAGCUCCGGAGUCUUUUCCUCCUGCAACAGCCAAACAGGGGGGCACCUGCAGUGGUUGGUGGAGAACCAGCUUCCCUCACACUGCUUCGAUGGUAUGAUGGCUGGAGUUUUCUUUUGCUGCAUUUUGAGGUGGUUUAUAAAGAAGUAUUUCUCAUCAGGCGUGGACAUCUGGAUAGAGAACGUCCAGGGCGAGUGUCUCAGGAUCCGAGAACACAGGCAGGUCAAGGUGGGCCACGUUGCUAUAGGAAUAAGUGAGCAGGUAAGAGGGUGUGGGUUAUAGAUUAAAUUGUUCAG